AUGGCGGCGAGGGCUUUGGCGUUGGCCGCUUGGCCGGGGCGGAGCUGCCGGCGCCGGAGCGCCCCGCGAGCUUGGAUCCGCUCUUCGGUCCUCUGGGAAGAUCUCCGGUCGCUCGCGAACGGGCUCUGGACGCCUCGCAGUACCUCCGCCUGGCGAUCUCCGGGUCCGGCGCCGUCUGCAGCGCAGUGGUCCGUGCGGUGCUGCAGCCCCUGGAGGUCGUCAAGACCACUCAGCAGCCACUUUCCUCAGAAGUGA